ACAACAACCAGCUAGUAGUGCACGGCCAGCAGUCUUGCCACAAAAUGACAGUCGCCGCAUGGAUCUUACCGAUGAAGAGAUUGAAUGGGCCAACACUUUAAGGGAAGAAAUAGAGGCUGACGGAGAACUUGAUUCUAGCAGGUUCUCUGAUUUUGACGUUGUCCAGAUUGCCCUUGUUAGUGUGGAAUUCAACGACUAUUCCGACGCACUCAGGAGAGCUCGAAGCUUGCAACAAUUCAAAAAGAAGUACGAUAUUGAAGAUUCCGCAAAGGCUGGGUUGCGUGCUAUCAAAGACCUCAUGGUGUUAUUUCCAGGGCAUCUCCUCUCCUUCUCCUUUGACCCAGUCGGAGGACGCUAUGUUAUUGCCAUUGACCGCGCGCAGCUAAGGGCGAGUGAGUUGGAGCUUGGCGGUCAAGGUAUUAGAACAUUGAUCAAGGUUUGGUAUUACCUUGCCCAAGCCAUGACUUGUGACUUUGAUAGUAUCAUUCGAGGCUGGUGGUUUCUGGUUGAGUCUAAAGAUUUUGUACCAUCAAAGCAUGGCACUGUGACACAGUUUCGACAAAUAGCAGUGGAUCUGGCUCUGUUCUACCCUGCAAUCUUCUACAAGUAUUGUCACUACAACACAGACAGUACCUACACACUGUUUGUCUCCAUGAUAAAGUGGUUCAUGCCGAUUCCUUUGAGAGAGAAAAUUAUAACUGGGUGCAAACCUCCCAUGGGUGAGACACUCAGGGAUACGUUUCUACAGCCUUCUUUGGAAGUGAGCAAUGUAAAAUUUAUUGAUGCUGUUCAGCAGGCCCUUCAUCGACGCUACAACAAUGAUGCCAGCUUCGUUCUCAGUGAGGCACAACCUGUGGAAUUUGAUGAGCAAGAUGUGUGACCUGAAUACAUUUCAUUACCAACUUCAUUUAUUUUAACAAACUAGGAUGACAAGAAAAUCAGCAGCAGGGCUAGCCAGACCAUCAAUUCUCAUUUCUAAAGUGUAGAUAUUCAGUGAAGCCAGAGGU